AUGUGGCAUUCGGCGCUUGCUUUCUCGUUGAUGGCUUCGGCUGCCACUGUGCAGGCCGGGUCACUCAAAGAUAUCAAGCACAUUGUUCUGUUUAUGCAAGAGAACAGAUCUUUUGACCACUACUUUGGCACCAUGGCCGGCGUCCGCAACUUUGGCGAUCCAAAUGUCAAAGUAAACGACGGUGUCCCUGUCUGGCGACAACCCAUAAAGAAUGUCAAGAACGGCACUCAGGUCCUUUCACCAUGGCACAUCAACUACCUCGGCGGCGACUGGAAAGAUGCCACCCAGUGCAUGGGCGGCGGAUCAAAUGGAUGGGAUGCCAUGCACGGAGCCUGGAACAACGGCCGUGGCGACGGAUGGGUUAUCUGGGACACAGACUACAGCAUGGGCUACUACAAACGCGAAGAUGUAGCAACUCACUGGGACAUUGCCAACGGAUGGACACUGAUGGACAACUCCCACCAGAGUAUCCUUGGUGUUACGGAUCCCAACCGCAUCAUGUGGAUGAGCGGAAGUGUCAACACCGCCGGAUCUCCUACGAACCCAGACGGUAAAGGCGGCAACAUCCUAUCCAACCGUGCCAGUCCGGGCUGUGACUCUCCCGGCAACAAUUGCUAUCCCUUUGUGUGGAAGACUAUGCCGGAAUACCUCAUGGACGCCGGCAUCUCAUGGAAAGUCUGGCAAGGCCUGGACAACUACGAAGACAACAUGCUCCACUACUUCAAGCAGUAUCAGACCGCUCCCAAGGACAACAUCCUACGCAAAAAUGGCACCGCGUUCCCCGGCCUCCAAGCUUUCUACGACGCUUGUGCCAACGGCACUCUCCCCCAAGUCAGCUGGAUCAUCGGCAACCAGGAACAGAGUGAACAUGCGCCCAACAUGCCCAUUGACGGUGCUUGGCUGCAGAGAAACGUCGUCCAAGCCGUCAUGAACAGCCCGGCAUACAAGGAAACCGCCCUCAUCAUCAGCUACGACGAACAAGGCGGUUGGGCCGACCAUGUCAUCCCCCCGGUUGCCCCCAAAGAAGCCGCCGGAGAAUGGAUCACCGACCCCUUCAAUGCUAAUAACGGGGUAUUACCCAUCGGUCCAGGACAUCGUAUCCCUCGCUUUAUCAUCUCCCCAUGGACCCGGGGUGGUCAUGUCUUCGCCGAGACUGGGGACCACACGUCCGAUCUGAUGUUUGUAGAGGCCUGGGCCGCGGCCAACGGGUACAAUGUGACGAAUCACGGAAUUGGGCCCUGGCGUCGCCGACAUAUGACUAACAUGGUCAACGCGUUCGACUUUGAGAACCCCGACUACUCGUUGCCCGUGCUGACGCCGGUGCGUAUGCCGGAGCCAAGAAACGACAGCGACUGGAUGACUGGUGAUCUUGAGCUUGGUUCUCUUACCGGUCCAUGGGUUGGUGCGGCGAAGUGUCUGGCGGGCUUUUCUCACGGAAAUUAUCCCGCCGUGCCGUACGGCAAGUCCAACACGGAGCAGGAUAUGGAUGGGCUCGUUGAAGAUGGGUUCAAGCGGAUUCGUGGGUCCAUUACCGAAGGGCGCUAUGUGACGAUUGAGAGUGAGGGCCUUGGUCUGGCUGGCACGCAAAAGGGCAAUGUUAUCGGUCUUCAGGCUACCAAGAAUCAUGACGACGUCAAACAGCGCUGGAUUUUGCAAAGCGCCGACGACAACCGGUUUGGGAAUAGCUUUUAUCUCCAGUCUGCGCUUAAGAAGCUGUACAUUUCGAACAAUGCAACUCUUACGGCCACGAAGAGCGAGGCGAGGGCCUUUGUGUUUGAGUAUCAGGCCAAGGGGUCGACUUAUACUUUGCGUGCGAGCGGUGCAGCGGAUGGAAAGUACGUUGGCUUUCGGAAGUCGAUCAAUCCUAAUCGGAAGUGUAGCAGGGUGAAGUGGGAAGGUGAUGCUAGCCAGUUCAAGGUCUAUGGUGUUAAUUAUCGCUCUGGGAACUGA